AUGAUGGGAAAAAGAAAGUUCAAUACUUUUCAUAUAUUUUCCAUAUUUUUAAUUAUGCUAUUCACAUAUCAUUAUAAAAACGAUGCUACUUCAGAGUUUGUAACCUUGGAUAACACAUAUAAUAUUGACGGAAUAAGUGGAAUACGAGAUUACAGAAUAUUGACAAAACAUGAAGUACAGAAAAGCAUGAAACAUAGAAUAUUAGGAGAAAAAAAUAAAGAGACAAAAAAUGAAGAAGUUGAAGCACCAACAUAUGAAAAAAUAAAAACGGAGUUGUUAUAUGGAUUGAAUACAUACAUGAGAAGUUAUAGAUAUAGAUAUGCUAAUAGGAGAGGAUUAGGGAAGUUAGAAUGUUCUUUUGAAAAAAAAAUAUUCGAUAUAAUUCGUAAAAUUGAUAAAUCAAGAAAAUGUAAUAAUAAAAAUCUAAAGGAUACAAGACAUUUGAAAUACGGAUUUGGUUUAGUUACUGCAUGUCUAAUUCCUUUUCUAGGAAUAAUUUUACUUGUGUUAGAUAUGAUAAAAAGUACCACUAAGGAUAUUAUCAACAAGGGGCUUCAGGGUAAUGAUCCUUAUUUGAGUAUUUUGAAUUCUUUAGGCAUACCCGUUGAAGUUUAUUAUAUUUACAUUGCAUUCAUUUUAAUAUUAUCAUAUAUAAUAUUGGCACUCUUUAUUUAUAUAAUUGUAAAAAUUGUAAAAUAUGAAAAAUUAGAAAGGAAAAAUUUAUUUUGUUUUACACUCAAAUUAUUCCUUCAAUGUAUAUUAGAUUCAUAUGUUAAUAAAUAUAUUACAGAUAUUCAUAGAACAAUAUUCAUAUGA